GGCCAUCUUCGCAAUUGUGUGGACUUAACAAUUUGUUUUUGUUGCUUGUGACUUGUGACGUGUGCUCCGAUUUAAUUACGUGUGAUUAUUAUGAUAAUUACAUAAAAGAAAAUGAAAACAUCAUAAAAACUACGAAAGCAACAUUAGAAAAGUGCUGCCUUAACAACAAUUGACAAAAUAAUACAUAUCACCAAAAUAAAUACAACAAAAAUACCAAAUCAAAUAAAAAAAAAAAACAACAAAUUGUGUUAAGCUGUAAGAGUAAAGAUAAUAUAGUCUGAAAACGCGAAACUAAAUACAAAACAGCAAAAUGGCAAAAUUCGUACUUAUUGCAACGUGCCUUGUGUUGGCGUCGAGCGUGCGCGCCCAAGAACUGAAAGUCGAUGUCGUCAGUACGCCAGAGGUGUGCGAACAGAAGUCGAAAAAUGGUGAUAUGCUGACGAUGCAUUACACCGGCACGCUGACGGACGGCAAGAAAUUCGAUUCGAGCUUUGACCGCGAUCAACCCUUCACAUUCCAAAUUGGCGCUGGCCAAGUGAUAAAGGGCUGGGACCAAGGUUUACUGGACAUGUGCGUCGGUGAGAAACGUAAAUUGGUCAUUCCUCCCGAGUUGGGUUAUGGCGACCGUGGUGCUGGCAACGUCAUCCCACCAAAGGCCACACUCUUCUUCGAAGUCGAAUUGAUCAAUAUCGGAAACACUCCACCACCAACCAAUGUCUUCAAGGAGAUCGACGAGAACGGCGACAAGCAGCUGAGCCGUGAUGAGGUAAACGUUUAUGUCAGCGAAUAUCUUAAGAAACAAAUGACCGCCGUUGAAGGUCAAGACUCAGAUGAGCUGAAAAAUAUGCUCAAGGAGAACGACAAACUUGUUGAGGAGAUCUUCCAACAUGAAGACAAGGACAAGAACGGUUUCAUCUCGCACGACGAGUUCUCCGGUCCCAAACACGACGAACUCUAAGUCAACGGCGACUGGCGAGUGGUGGCAAAGUUGCCAAAUAUACUUGUACAAUAGUAGUUAUAUUAAUGGGUAGCUGAAGCGUGUGCUUCAUCCCACACUCAUACAUUCGCAACAACACAAACACACACGCACAUACGUUCACAAAAAUAUGCGUACAUAACUUAAAAAAAUAAUAAAUAAAAAACAAUUAACAAAUUGCAUUGUAGGAAAAUGAGGUUAAGCAUACGUAUAUACAUACAUAUGUAUGGUAUGUACAUAAAAUAUUUUUACAAGCAAGCGCUGAAAUGAAAUUAAAUAAAUUUGAAAAGAUUUUUAUUUAUAAUCGCGACGCAAGAAUCUUCAUCUCUCCACCAUUAUAAAGCAAGACCUAGAACAAAAGCAAGGAACAGGCACUACUUAGCUAUAAAAAGUCCACAAACAAUUUGUGUUUUGUUAUUUUCAUCAUUAUUCGCUUUUUAUAGUCAAUAAAUUAAAUUAAUGAUUUUA